AUGGGUGUUCCUUUCGAGGCUCUGCUUCCCUAUGGGAUUAUCAUCGGCAUGUUCGGUGUGACUGGCUACGGCCUCCACUACGUCAAGCGCUUUGCCAACGAUGGCAAGAAGGCGCGCUGGAACCGUGAUCUUUGGGAUAGACGUAUCACAGGCUCAUUCCGUGGGCAAUCCAGCAACCACAAGGCGCCCACCGGGUUCGACGUCAGCAACCCGUGGAAGAUCGAGAGCCGGAUCUACUAG